GCUCAGCUGCCCGAUUCCCCUACGCCGACGCCAAUCUUCCCAUCGCCGGCGAGGCGACCGCGCCCGAUGAACACGUCGCAGUUCAUGGACAAGCAGAUCCUGGGCCUCGCCGCCUCCGCCUCGCCCUCCCUGCCGGGCGGCGGCGGGAGCGGGGGCGCGGAGCUCCUCGAUCUGAUGGGCCCCGACCCGCAGGAGGAGAGCGAGGACCGCCUCCUCCGCCGCCGCCACCACAGCUCCAACGGCGCCGCCGACGUCAUGCCCAGCUACGACUUCCAGCCCAUCCGCACCACCGCGGCCGCCCCCGCCCCCGCCGCAGCGCCGGCCUCGUCGUGGGGGUCCCUCGAUUCCAGCUCCAGGGCCGCCUCCGCCUCGUCCCCCUACAACCUCAAGAGUGCUGGUAUAUUGGAGAAUCGUGCGCCCAACAAUGUUAAUCAUGAGGAGGACAGGAGUAAUUUUGGACUGGUUACUAUAGCAGAUAUUGAUCGAACCAUGAAGAAGUAUUCUGAUAACCUGUUGCAUGCACUAGACGGUGUAAGCUCAAGGCUUUCGCAACUGGAGGGUAGAACACAUCAUCUUGAAAAUUCUGUUGACGAGUUCAAGUUAACAAUUGGCAAUUAUAAUGGCAGCACUGAUGGAAAACUGCGUCAACUUGAGAACAUGCUGAGGGAGGUCCAAGCAGGUGUGCAGAUUAUGCGGGACAAGCAGGAAAUUGUGGAAACACAGCUCCAUCUUGCAAAGCUCCAGCCAGCCAAAACUGAGACCCAGUCAUCAGAAAAUAGUGGUGUUGGACAGGCAGACUCUCGGCAGCAAUCAGUGGCUCAGUCACAGCAUCAAGUCUUGACCCCUUCCCAACCACAAGCAUUUCCUGCCCUUCCUGCUCCAAAUGCGCCGCCUCCACCUCCAACUUAUCAAAGCCAGCCUCCAGCACAGUUUCCAGGCCAUGCACCACAUUCACAGAUGCCAUCUGCACCAGUUCCCUCAGUGCCAGCUUUACCACAGGAUCCAUACUACACACCAUCUGCUCAGCCAACUGAAGCUAUGCAUCAGCAGUAUCAAGCCCCUCCGGUUUCACAGCCGCAGGCGCCGCCAGCACCACAACAGCACUAUCAAGCGCCUCCAGUUUCGCAGCCGCCGGUGCCUCCAGCACCACAACAGCAGUAUCAAGCCCCUGCAGCUCCACAGCCGCAGGCACCCCCGGCACCACAACAGCAGUAUCAAGCCCCUCCAGUUCCGCAGCCGCAGGCUCCUCCAGCUCCACCACAGCAGUAUCAACCUCCUUCACAGUUUCCUCAAUAUUCACAACAACCCCAGUCUGCAAAUGUUAACCCUUCAAGUGCACCUCCUGCACCCCAGCAGACAGAAUAUGGACCUUCUCAUAACUAUCCACCAAACGUACACCCUCCUUCACCUUAUAUGCCACCGCCUACUGAAUCAGCCCCUCCUUUCUAUGGACAGAAUCCUAGCAUGUAUGAACCUCCUGCAGUUAGGCCCAACUCCGGGCCACCGCCAUCCUAUGGUUCCACUGGGUAUGGGCCACAGGGAGGAAAUAGUUUUUCUGAAUCAUAUGGUUACACUGGAUCUCCUUCGUACCGUGGUAAUGCUGGAAUGAAGCCCACGCCUUUUGCUCCCUCUGGACCAUCCUCUGGGGGUAGCAGCGGUAACUACGGCAGCAGGCUCCCCACGGCUCGGAUACUACCACAAGCAGAGCCAGUCAGCUCUACGCCAGCUGGUCCAACAGGCAACAGGGUGGCGCUCGAUGAUGUGGUGGAGAAGGUUGCGACCAUGGGGUUCUCAAGAGAGCAAGUGAGGGCGACUGUGCGGAGGCUGACCGAGAACGGGCAGAACGUCGAUCUCAAUGUGGUGCUCGACAAGCUGAUGAACGGGUGAUAAGUCAAGGUGUCAGAUCCCGCACAACACUACUGUUUGGGACAGUUUGUCUAUAAUAUUUUGAAGUGAUAUGUCUCGCGCGCAAAGAUCAGAGUCCAGAUUGUGUGGCCUGAAGAAAUUGGACAGGGCAGAGUAUCAGGUCUGCUGCCUUCCCUCUGGGUCUUGCUGUUAUCUUCCGUCCAAACAACUACAGGUGUUGUUUAUGAGUGAUACUCUCUGAGUGGAUACAUAACAUACAUAUGGUUCUUUUCGUAUAUGUGCUGAUGAACUGCCUGAAAAAUCAAAACUGUGGUUUCUUGUCUUCUGUUAAUAAACAAUAUUUAGUGUGUUUUCACA